GCCACGGCAUUUCCGAACCCACGAACUCCGGAGUUCGGGGAGGCAGCGACUUCACCGCGGUCGCCCGUCGCUUCGGGUGGCGCCGAAGAGAGGCGGAGAAAGAGCCGCCGGAUUACCUUUAGUGCCAUGAACAACGCGCUCGACGAGCUCGGCCCGGAGCAACCUGAACCGAGCCGAGACGCGAGCAUCCAGGCUGCGCAGGAGCUGGUCCGAGCCAUGUUCAGCGUUCCGGCUGUGGACACUGGGAGCUACCGCGGUGCCAAACGCGGGGCCGAUGGCCGGAAGCGGAGCUCCGUAGGGAAGGAGGCCAUGCUCGAGAAGGCCAAGCUUCUAGUCUCGGACACAUCGGUGAACGAUGACGCGCAGGACAGCCGGAGAGCUUCGCUUGCGGACGAGCUGCCUUUGCUGGCCACCCCGGGGAGGUUCCGAGAUCGCGAUGGGCAGCGUGGCGUGUUCGAGGACCCUUGGUCUACGCUGGCGCCGCGAAAGAGCAGUCCCAGUCGCCGUCGCCUUCCGCCCCCUCCGUCCCAGCCGCCUCCGUAG